GUCGACGCAACACAACAAAAAAAAAACUUGAUUCGUGUCAUUUUAGCAAACCAGCAGCAGCAGCAAGACUUUGAUUUUUUUCAUUCAUCAUAAAUCAUCAUCAUAAUUAUUAAUCAUGAAUCCUGAUGAUUCAGGUGAUGAUCAAGGUGUAGUGAUGAAAACAUCAUCAUCAUCAUCAAAAAAUAAUCCUGAAGAUCAUCCACCGCAUCCUGUUGAGAAUCAAACAUCAUCCACACAACAGCAACAGCAGCAGCAGCGAAAAAAUUCACAUCACCACCACCACCAUCAUCAUGAUAUUAAUCCAUUGAAUACGUCGAAUCCAUCGGAUCAACAAGAUGAAGAAAUUGCCGUUUUUAGUGAAUUAUCACAUUUAUGUCAAUCAAAAGAUGGACCUGCUUGGCGUGAAAUUGCAAGAUGGGUAAAAUAUGAAGAAAAUGUUGAAGCAAAUGGUUCAAGAUGGUCAAAACCAUAUGUAUCCACAGUAAAUGUUGCUGCAUUUCAAGAAUUACGUGAUAGUUUUCGUAAUGGUGUUGUUAUAUUUGAUUCACAAAGUGAAUCAUUAAAUCAAUUAGUUGAUGAAUUUUGUCGUAUAUUACGUACAAAAAAUAUGGUAACAGCUGAAGAAUCUAAACAUAUUGCCAAUUUAUUAUCAUUACAAAAGCUACAUUUAUUUCAAACAAAACGUUCAUUAAUGCGUUCAUUAGCUGAUAUGCGACAACAAUCAUCAAAUAAUUUUUUGAAAUUAAUUUCCGGAUCCAAUACAAAAAUCAAUCAAGCAGUACAAAUCAAUGAAAAUGAAAUCAAUUCCAAUUCCCGAUCCGAUUCGGAGGAAAAUGUUUCGAAUAAUAAUUCAAAAAAUGGUUCGAUUGCUAAUUUACAAAAUGUUGGUAACAAUAAUAAAGAUGUCAAAGAUGUCAAAGAUGAUAAUUAUAAGUUCAAUGAUGCUUUUAUGCGAAAAUUACCGGAUAAUGUUGUUUCGAAUAAUAUACUGAUUGCUGAAGUUGAUUUUCUACAAUCACCAAUUUCCGGAUUUAUACGUUUACAAACGGCUACCGUAUUGGGUAAUAUGACCGAAGUAUCAAUACCGACAAAAUUUAUCUACAUUUAUUUGGGACCAAAAAUGAAUUCAACAACCGGCCUAAAUAAUUAUGAACAAAUUGGUCGUGCAUUAGGAACAUUAAUGUCCGAUUUGAUUUUUCGACAAGUUGCAUUCAAAACACAAAAUAUCAGCGCCUUGAUACAGGCAUUAGAUGAUUUCCUAAAUGAAUCACCAAUAUUACCACCAAAUUUAUGGGAUCCAUCCACCCGUAUUGAACCACCGGAAAAAACACCAGCCAUUUUGAAUAAAAAUCGUGGCCGACAAAUGUUACAUGAAUCAGCAUUAUUACAUCGUGAAUCAUGUCAAUUUACAACUGGAAAUAAUAGUGGUUCGAAUGAUGGUUCAAUCAGUGAUGGUGGUAAUAGUGUUAAUGGUGUAAACAACAAUGACCAAAGUUUUACAUCACAAUCAUAUUAUAAUAAGGCAUUUUUCUUGGAUAAUGGUGAUAAAGUUAUUUCAUUUCGUCAACAUGAUACAUUUGGUUGUUUGAUUGAUGAUAAAAUUAAUAUGGAUUCAGAUGAUGAAGAAGAAAUUGAACGUAAACAAAUGGGUUUAGUACGUUCAGGAAGAUGGUUUGGUGGUUUGAUCAACGAUGUUAAACGAAAAAUUCCACAUUAUAAAAGUGAUUUUAUUGAUGCACUUUCGAUGCAAUCCAUUGCAUCGAUUGUAUUUCUUUAUUUUGCCUGCCUAACACCAAUCAUAACAUUUGGUGGUUUAUUAGGUGAUGCAACCGGUAAUAAUAUUGCUACAAUGGAAAGUUUAGUUUGUGGUUGUUUAUGUGGUAUUGUUUACGGGUUGUUUAGUGGACAACCAUUAACAAUUCUUGGUAGUACCGGGCCGGUAUUAGUAUUCGAAACAAUUGUUUAUGAUUUUUGUCGUACAUAUGGUUAUGAUUAUCUACCACUUCGGUUAUGGAUUGGUUUAUGGACGGCAACAAUCCUAAUGAUAUUUGUUGCUUUCGAUUUAAGUUAUUUUGUUUGUUAUAUAACACGAUUUACUGAAGAAAAUUUUGCAUCACUUAUAUCAGUAAUAUUUAUGUAUAAAGCAAUUGAAAAAUUAUUGAAAAUUAAUCGUGAUUUCCCCGUACAUCUUCAUCCAAUGAAUGAUCCAAAUAAUGAUAAUAAUAUGGAAUGUUUAUGUUUAUUGAAUAAUCAUCUAAAUAUAACAAUGGAUAUGAUUGAUAAACAAAAUCAUACAAUAACAAUUGAUGGUGAUAAUGGUUUACGUAAUCGUUGUUUACAUUUAGGUGGUAUACUUUAUGGCUCGGGUUGUCAUAAUAAAUAUACACCAGAUGUAUUCUUGUUUUCAUUCAUAUUAUUAAUAUUUACAUAUAUUAUAUCGAUAAAAUUGAAAUCAUUUCAAACAACAAGAUUUUUUACAACAAAUAUUCGACAAAUGUUUUCCGAUUUUUCCGUUCCGAUUGCUAUUGUUAUUAUGACUGCUAUUGAUAAUUUGACUGGGUUACCAACACCAAAACUUCAAGUACCGAAUGAUUUUAAACCAACAUUACCGACAAGAACAUGGCUAGUAUCACCAUUUGCCGAAGCAAAUCCAACAUGGCUACCAUUUGCUGCAUUCAUACCGGCUACAUUGGCUACAAUAUUAAUAUUUAUGGAUCAACAAAUCACUGCGGUUAUUGUUAAUCGUAAAGAAAAUAAAUUAAAGAAAGGAUGCGGUUAUCAUUUGGAUCUAUUCAUAUUAUCAAUAUUGAUUUGUAUUUGUUCAAUAUUCGGUCUGCCAUGGUUUGUUGCUGCAACUGUUUUAUCAAUAACACAUGUAAAUUCAUUAAAAAUGGUAUCACAAACGGCUGCACCGGGUGAUCGGCCAAAAUUUCUUGGCGUUAGAGAACAACGUGUUACCCAAAUCGGUAUAUUUCUUCUAUGUGGUUUAUCAAUAUUUUUUACACCAGUUUUACAACGUAUACCAAUGGCCGUACUUUAUGGUGUUUUUUUCUAUAUGGGUGUUACUUCAUUGCAAGGAUCACAGUUUAUGGAUCGUAUUGCAAUAAUGUUUAUGCCACAAAAAUAUCAACCAGAUUAUAUGUUUUUAAGACGUGUUAAAAUGUAUCGUGUACAUAUGUUUACCAUCAUACAGGUUAUUUGUUUUAUAUUUUUAUGGGUUAUCAAAUCAUCGAAACCAAUUUCAAUUACAUUUCCAUUGAUGUUGGUCGUAAUACUUGGUAUACGUAAAUUACUUGAUUAUGUUUUUACACAAGAAGAAUUAAAAAUAUUGGAUGAUAAAAUGCCUGAAUCAAAACGUAAGAAAAAAGAACGUACAAAAGAAAGAUUAUCGGUUAUGAUUAUGAAAAAUAAACAACAACAACAACAAAAUGGUCGACCAAUUAUGGAUAAUAGCAAGAAAGCAAUCUAAAUCUGAAAAAUCUGGAUUCCUUUUUCCAAACAAACCAUGACAAUUUUUUUUUCCUAAACAUUUUUCUAUUUUGUUUUUGCUUUUUUGGAUUUUCAAUUUUUU